UAAACACCCCUCACACACACGCGGGAGGCCGGGAAGGGCGCGCCGGCGGAAGAGAUGGGCAGUGCCUUAGGAAACCCCCUCAAGGUCCGGCGUCGGGGCAGCGGCGGCGGCGGCGGCGUCGCGUGGCCAUGUCGACUUCGGGGACCCUGAGCAAUUACUACGUGGACUCGUUCCUGCUCCACGAGAGCGAAGAGCUGGUCCCGUCCCGUUACGGCCCCGGCGCCCUGGCGCAGCCCGCCCGGCAGCCGGCGUUAGGGGAGCACCCGGACUUCAGCCCGUGCAGCUUCCAAUCGAAGGCAUCGGUCUUCGGUACUUCCUGGAACCCGGUGCACCCACCGAGUGCCAACAAUGUGCCCGCCGUCUACCACCCCUAUGUGCACCACCAGGCGCCCGUAGCGGCGGCCCCUGACGGCAGGUACAUGCGUUCCUGGCUGGAGCCCAUGCCGGGCUCUCUGUCCUUCCCGGGUUUACCUUCCAGCAGGCAUUACGGCAUUAAACCUGAACCGCUCUCGGCCAGAAGGGGUGACUGUACCACGUUUGACACUCACACUUUGUCUCUGUCUGACUAUGCUUGUGGUUCUCCUCCAGUUGAUAGGGAUAAGCAGCCCAGCGAAGGUGCGUUCUCGGAAAACAAUGGAGACAGUGAGGCCGGCGGGGACAAACCACCCAUUGAUCCGAACAACCCAGCUGCGAACUGGCUCCACGCGAGGUCCACCCGGAAAAAGCGCUGUCCCUACACCAAGCACCAAACACUGGAACUGGAGAAAGAAUUCUUGUUCAAUAUGUAUCUCACCAGGGAUCGAAGAUAUGAAGUGGCCAGACUCCUCAACCUCACUGAGAGACAAGUCAAAAUAUGGUUCCAAAAUAGGAGGAUGAAAAUGAAGAAAAUCAACAAAGACCGAGCAAAGGAUGAAUGAUGUGACCCGGGCUGCUAAGAAGGCUGGGAGAAGAUCUCACCCCCUCUUUCCUUCUCCUUCCCCCUUCCCCAGCCUCCAUGAUUCCCACACAAGCUCCAGGACUGUAUCCAGGCCUCAUCCCCAUCCCCCCCCUUCCCUUCUUCCUCUCUUCUGCAAUCCUUAUCAUUCAUUAUGUGUACCUAGUCAUGGUAGCUCUGGGCCUUGCCCAGCCUGUGGUAGAGGUACCGUAAGCUUUUUCAUUUUCUAUCCUAGGACAAAAAAAGGGGGCAUUAGUGCUGUAUGGCUGUGUGUGUUGGCUUGUAUUAAAAAAAAAAGAAAGAAAAGAAAAGAAGAAAUCUACCUGUUCCUUACUUAUGGGGGGAAAAAUAACUACCUUUUCCUAAUGCACAACUCUCUGGACAGACUGUAGAGUGUAGCGUGUGUAGUUCUUUGGUUUGCUCUGUGCGCAGCGGAGAAGGCUGCUGUAAUACUUGAACAUGUGUUUUGUUUGUGGUUAAUCAUUGUUCGUGAAUCCACUUUUGUGCUUGGGUGCCGGCCCUACCGGUUGUCAUCGUGGACGCUAGGAAUCUCAUUCGAACUCAGGUUGUGGCAAAGGGUCUAGCUCUGUAGUGUAAUAAGUCUUUCUUCUGUAUAACUAGACAGUUAACCUUUGAUUGUAAUAUAAAUAGAGUAUAUAAAAUAUCAUCCCAGUCGAGAAAAAAAUGAAAAGAAAAAAACAAAAAUCGUUAGGCUGGGAGGGAUCUGUGGACUCCAACCAACGCCUCUCCCCAACGGCUUCCCAAUCGGGACAUUUGAGUCUGUACAGUGGAUCUCUAUACUGUCUUGUCAGUUGUAUAUAAUCUAUAUAUUAAAACGGGGGGGAAACGAAAUACUCCGGCGAGCUCGAAUCUUGUUUUUGCACCAGUGAAGCCGUUUCCGAUUUCGGAGUUUUUUGUCCACGUGAAGAAGGUAACUACCUAUAGUUUACGUUAGGUUUUAACGAGGGGGGACGAAUGCUUAUUGUAAUGGAGUUAAUUUUAUUGAUAAUAAAUUAUGCGCUAUGAAACCUGCCGUCGGGCUAUCGUAGAUUUGUAUCACUUGAAAUUUGGGGACUUCUGUGGAGGCAGAACAAUAAAUAAAUACACUGUAUAUUUUGCAAGAGUUACCUCAUGGCCUACUGACCAAAUUGUUGUGUUGAGAUGAUAUUUAACUUUUUGCCAAAUAAAAAUAUAUUGAUUCUUUUCUA